GUUGAAACUACUAAUAGCAGUAUAAAAUUCCAUUUCACCCACGCGCCAAAAUCUCAGCUUUUGUAGGACAUUCAAAUUUCGAACCGAAAAAAGAAUGUACUACUCCGUUGGCCCGCAGCACCACCAGGCGCCGCCGUGCGAGACUUGUGCUCAAGGUCACAGCACCGCCUUCAACCUCCCAACCUCCGAAGGCGGCAAAAUCUGCCUAGUUUGCUUCUCAAACCUCAUUUCAAACCCUAAAUCCCCCACAAUUCACGUUUCAUACGCCAUUUCCCAGCUCUCCCAAGCUCUAGGUCAACCGCAAUUCCUCCACACCUUCGUUACUUUCCAUUCCCAUUUCCUAAUUUCGCCGCUCGUUCACGCGCUCUCGGCGUUCAACGACUUUGCCCUCGCCGGACAAAUCGUGGAAUUAUGUUUGCAAAUAUGCGAGGCGGCUCGUGAUUCUGAUGUCUUCGGAGAUUUCAUCGCCAAAUUGGCCGAUCAUCUAUCUUCGUACUCGCUCGCUUGGAGUCGGCAACAAGUCUACAUUCUGCACUGCUUGGGCGUUCUCUUGGACCAUCAGAAGAAUGAUCCUCUUGUGCAAGUCAAAGACAAGCAUGCUCUUGUUUCCAAUCUUAUCACAGGUCUUCAGGUGCCAAGUGAAGACAUUCAGGGAGAAAGCCUGUUUGUUUUAUACAAGUUGUCCCUCAUCCAGGCUGUAGAUGAUCGUAAUAAUUUUGUUGAAGUUUUAGAAGCCAACUGCGCGAAGCUGUUUCACUUAUCACUGGAAGCGCUCAUGAAGACUCAAGAUGAUGACAUCCGCAUGAACUGUGUUGCACUUUUAACAGUGUUUGCUCAUAGAGGAUGGUUUCAGACUUUCUGUAUGAGUGAAGUUAUGGACUACUGUGAAUCUGAGAACUUCAUGCAGACAGUGGAUCAAGCAUAUGACCAGUUCCCUCUAAUUACCCUAUUUGCCGAGGCUAUCAAAGGCCCGUUACUUUCCUCAGACAGCCAAGUUCAAGUUGCAACAUUGGACUUGAUUUUUAUGGGCCUUUCAAGUAGAGCUAACUCUGCAGAAGAAAUUCAAGUGCUAGUGGAGGAGAACAUUACAGAUUAUGUAUUUGAAAUACUGAGAUUAUCAGGAUGCAAGGAUCCAGUUGCAAGCUCUUGUAUUCGGGUUCUUGAUCUUUUAUCAACAGCAGUGCAAGCAUUCAGGCAAAGGCUUGCUAUUGGUUUUCCAACUCUGAUACCUGCUUUGCAAUAUGUAGCUGAAGUCCCUUUUCACCCUGCACAAACUCAAUCACUGAAGCUUGUGUCGUACUGUGUUUCGAAUUGCCCAGGAGUUGUCUCCACCUCUCAUGUUGAAGAAAUUGGCCUAAUUUUGACAGGGUUGCUAAAGAAGCAUAUUGAUGGUGAGUCUGGCAUCGCAUCAGAGACGUUCAAUUUGGCCUGCUCGUUGUUAGUUUCUCUUAUGACAACAUUUUCUGCUAGUGCAUUAAAUUUAAACUCACUUCAGGAUGCCUCAGAAGGUGCUGUUUUGACUUGUUUGAGAAGCUAUGACAAACACCCUGACCAGUUUCUGUAUGCACUAUAUCUAUUUAAAGAGGCCUUUUGUUUCAGCUUCAAAGGUAAUCAGAACAAGCCAAUCAACAUGGAUUUGAUAAGCAGAAAUUUUUAUCUAUGUAAAACCCAAUUAUUACCAUGGUUCAUGAGGACCAUCAAUAGCAUAGAUGAGGAAGACAUCAUCUUGGGGGUGGUCGAAACAUUCAACGCUAUCCUGAUGCUGGAUUCCAAUGCUGAAACGAGGAUAUUUGCAGACACUCUGGUCUCGUCGUCUUGGUUUAGUGUGCUAUUAGGAUGUUUAGGCUCAUUUCCUACUGAAAAGAUGAAACUAAAUGUUUAUGGGAUUUUCAGUUCAAUAGUUGAUGUACUUUCGGGAAAUAAUGGCGGUCAAUCCUUAAGAGUUGCUGCUUCCUUGUUACCUUCUGACCCCAUGGAUUUGUUAUUCCUACUUGGUCAGAAAGGCUCUCAUGAUGUUGAACUUCUUUCUUGUCAGUCAGCAGUGCUGCAGAUACUCUACAUCAGCUCUUUAUAUGAUGAUCGGCUUGCAGAUGAUAAGUUGGUGUUAUCGUCUUUAGAACAAUACAUUCUGCUCAAUGGCAGUGAUUUUCUGUAUGGAGCUUCUACUUCAGUUGCAUUUGAUUUGCUCGUAAAUGUUUAUGGGCUGUACAGAGGGCUGGCCAAGACUGGCUACCAAGUUCCCUAUAGCAAUGAAGCUGAAAAACUUCUCUUUGAAUUGUUGAAUCAGAAGGAGUGGGAUUUGCUUUCUUUGAACAUUCAUUUUAUGUCCCUAAAAUGGCUUUUUCAACAAGAAAAAAUCUGUGGGCCAUUGACGGAACAGAUGCUGAGGUUAUGCAGGUGCAGCAACUGUGGAGGACACAGUGUUAUUGUCUAUGGUAAAGAUAGCCAAAACUUAGAUGUGACUUUGAUCGCAGACUUGAUAGUCGGAGGGGAUAAUUUUGGAGCUGUGAUUCUUGUAUUUUUACUAGGAGACCUAAUUGAGAAGGAAGGCCCGGAAGAUGACAUGAUCUCAGUAGUUAAUACCAUUUUGGAAAUAAUUCAACUGCAGCCGGCUGCUUCUGAUCAGUUAUGCAUGCAUGGGUUAGCCAGACCAGUCUGCAAUAUAUAUACCCACUCAAGAUAUUCCUCUGUCCCUGACUUAAACGUGGCCACCUCCAAACUUAUACUUACCAUUUUAUGCUCAGUAAAAUCUGAAUCCCUUGAUGAACAUGAUGCUUGGGUUGACAUUGUCGCUAAGUUGAUUGAUUACCUGAUAAAUACAAUCAGAUCAGAAUGUUGGAUGGAAGAAACUCCUCUGGUGAUUGGCAUUCUUGCUUUGGUAUUGCACCACUCCACCGAUCAAGCACUGGUUGAAGCUUCAAAAAUUGUACUUUUGAGUACACCGUUAAACGCAGUCAUAAAUACAACUAUCCUUGAAGCGUGUUCAAAGGGACAUGCUCUAAUCGAUCAUGAUGAAGGAACUCAAACUGGAGAGGCUCUCAUGUUUUUGCUUUUACUGAUAUUCUUUUCCUUGAAAAGUUUUCAGGCUGUCCUUCCAGGGAUGAUUGAAUGGUAUACCUUUAUUGAUGAAGUCAGCCAGAAGCAGUCAGCAUCCUGUACUAGUCUUCGUUGCCAUGAUUUCUGCAAAUUAUUGCACUUUGGCUCUCCGCCAGUAAAGCUCAUUUCUUCUUAUUGCUUGCUGGAGAUACUGAACAGGAUCUCAACUAUGGAAAGCACUAAACAAACUAAGCCACAUAUCAGAAGAGGUUAUCUAUCAUCCAUAAAGGCCAUUUUAGAAGGCUUGAUAUUCUCUAGUGAUGUUACCGUCUCAGUAAAUUGUUCCCUCUGUCUGUCAUUACUCAUUGAGUGGAAAGAUGAGAAUUUUGAGAAAUCUGCAGUUGGCACGAACACUUGGUUCAGGAUGAUAGUAGAGGAACUGGUCAUGUCAUUGACAGUCCCACACCUGGCAUCAAAAUCCUUGCCGAAUUAUCACAAGCCGGCAAUCAAUGUCACUAUCGCUUUGUUGAAAUUGAAGGAAAUUCCUGAGUGGAUGACUAUUGUCUUUGAUGAACCUCGUAUUACUGGAAUUAUCAAAAACAUUUCGACAAGUAACUUGACAACUCACUUGGUACUCUUGUUCCGUGAGCUUCUACAAUCUGGAUACCUAACUGCUGAGCACAUCACCAGUCUUAACCGAGUGUUCCAGGCAUGCAGGCAACAUUUAUAUGUAGAUGAGAUGAAAAAUGAUAGCAAUUACGAGAAGAAGACCAAAGCAAAUGAAGUUCCCAAUGGUGUGGGUAACAUUUUCGAGUUGCUUAUUAACCUCAUGUCGUCUCACAGGUCUACUGAUACAAGCCUACGAGUGGAGAAUACGAAUAAAGACCUGCUCGCAGAGAUAGAAUCAUUCUUGAAGUGCCUAAUGGAAGAGGAGAAGAUCUAACAUCAUGAAGCAUUUGUGACGGAUGUAUUAGGAUCAGGGUUUUCGGGCCAUAGGGUAUGUUUUUGUCUCUCUAAUGUCCCAACAGGAAUUCCAAAGAACUAAUUACCUUCUCAGGCCAAGCCUUUCAGCAAAGUAUCUUGUUCAUUAAAAUUAGGUUAGGCCAUAGGUGCUUACAAAACGUAGAUCAGACAUAAAGAUGAGUUUACGGCUUUUGCCAAAUCAAGGUGUUCAUCAUUGGCUUUUAAACUGAGGAAGAGUCAUUAUAGAUUUUCCA